AUGCCUCUGAACACAUUGCGCCUCAAUCACCAGAAAUCUUCUCACCCAAAUGACCGCGUCGUCUUCAUCAAGCCUUUGAGGCGGCCGCCUUCUGAGCAGGCGGAAUACGACCUGGCUGACACAUUUCUUCGUGCAAUCGCCGCCCAAUGUCUACCGCUGAUGAAGCAACACUACCUCUCCGUGACGACCCUCGAAGAGUAUGAGCCCAACCCGGAAUUCAUUGGACGGAACUUCAAUAACGGAGAGAUAAUUCAAUUAGUUCUGCGGAGUAAGUCCGGUGGCUGGGUUCCUUUCAACAUGGUUCAGAUGGUCAUGAUGCACGAACUGGCCCACAAUUCUCAUAUGAACCAUGGCAAAUUGUUUUGGCAGACGAGAAAUCAAUAUGCCGUGGAGAUGAAAGCUCUUUGGGCAAAGGGCUACACGGGAGAGGGAUUCUGGGGCAGCGGUAGGACGCUCAGCGAGAUGGGUGCUGUCAUGGGCAACAAUAUCCUCAGCAGUCAAGAACUUGAGGGUUUGCCCUUGUGUGGCGGCACGUAUCGCAGUCGAAGAAGGAAGCGGAAAGCCGGUGGUGCACAAGAUAGCUCCAAGAUGACCUGGAAGGAGAAGAACGAACGUCGGAUAGAGCGCAAGUUUGGAAAGAACGGAGUGGCCUUGGGAGAAGACGAAGAUCGACGGCUGGCGCUGGAGAUCUCUCGCAGAGGGCCUGUUGGUGGGAAGCCACGUGUUGCCCAAAGCAAGAGAGGCCGAGAAUUGCGAGCUGCGGCGGCACUGGCGAGAUUCGAAACCAACAAGUCUACCGAAAUCAAUGAUCUCCCGAAACCUGAAGACAGUGGUGAUGAUGAUGACGACUAUGAGGAUGUUGUGGAUGUGGGGCUGGAAGACGCCAUGGACCUGAAUGGGAAAAGACUUGUCGACGCCAGGGGUCAGGGGAUGGUGAGGGUUUGUGGCGAGGAGGAUGCAGACGAUACCAACGUCAAGCAUGAAAUGACCGAGCUCGAAAAUCUACAUCGUUAUUUCAAACCAAUUUCACAAACCGCAGAAACAGGCCUGCGGAGUCCUGACGGCCACAGUUCGUUCCAAGAAGCGAAGAUAUCCCAGGUUGCGGGUGGAGACGAUGGCCGGGACACAGGCAGCACAGGCAGCACAGGUGGUGUGAAGGCCAAACGCAAGAUAACACCUGCAGAGAGCCACACCAAGAGCCACCAAGACCAGUUACUGGCAGACUCGGAGAGCUUGGGGUCAAUGUGUUCGCCGGUCACUGGUUUGGAUACGACUAGUAAGAGGACGUUCCCGAACGAUCACAUUCCGCCCCCAUACAAAGUUUUACUUUCACCAAGAAGCUUGUCGUGUAAGCAUAUGGGUGUUGCUCCUUCAGGCUCAACAAGCUUGGCUUCUCCACAAGAAGGAACGAUCAAGCGGUCGAUGAUCGACAGGUCAAUUCACCCUACCUCCACGGAACCUCGUACUUACUCAUCGCCGAAGAGCAUUACAUUUAUCGCCACACCUUCAUCUGGAGAUCCACAACCUCCGCAUGGGCAGGAGAGUAACGACCGAGAGAAGCCUACUCCACACUCAUUACGCCCUUUGCAUACCGAUGUAAUCACCUGUCAGAUAUGCUCGCUUGACAAUCCGACCCAAAGUGCGACGUGCUUGGCGUGUUCACAUGUCAUCGAUCCGGACAAGGACCCACGCCACUGGUCGUGUAAGAGCGAAGUAUGUAGAGAGGGGUCGACGGGGUACCUGAAUGCAGGGGAUACCGGCAUAUGUGGUCUAUGUGGCUCCAGGAGAUAG